CAGAAGGAAGGGAAACGGAGAAAAUAAAAUAAAUGUAAAAACGAGGUUUUGAAAGAAAGAUGGAAAGGGGUGAGGUUAGGGCGUGGCUUACACACUACGAUUACUCUACUUAUUGGAUUUGGAUCAGUAACGAAGAAGGUGUAUUGUGAUCGACAAGUGAAUCCUAAUGGCGAGCACGUUGCGAUUAUAUUUGACCUGUAUUCGUAACACGCUGGAGGCUGCAAUGUGCCUUCAGAACUUCCCCUGUCAAGAAGUUGAAAGGCAUAACAAACCUGAGGUCGAACUCAAGACCAGCCCCGAACUCCUCCUCAAUCCUGUUUUGAUAUGCCGAAAUGAGGCUGAAAAAUGCUUAAUAGAAACAUCCAUCAAUUCAUUGCGGAUAAGUCUCAAGGUGAAGCAGGCUGAUGAACUUGAAAACAUACUUACAAAAAAAUUUCUAAGAUUUCUGUCAAUGAGAGCUGAGGCUUUCCAAGUACUGAGGAGAAAGCCUGUGCAGGGAUAUGACAUUAGCUUCCUUAUAACAAAUUACCACUGUGAGGAGAUGCAGAAGCACAAACUCAUAGAUUUUAUUGUGCAAUUUAUGGAGGAUAUUGAUAAGGAGAUAAGCGAGCUCAAAAUGUCGGUCAACACACGGGGGAGGCUCGUAGCUACAGAGUUUCUGAAGCAAUUUAUCUGAUGCUUUAUACUAACUAGAACUACCGAAUCCGUGUAAAUUGUACUAUUGCAGAUCUAGUUUCACUUCAUUUUUGAAGUGCUUGGCCCCUUAAGCCAGUGGUUUGUGUUCUUAUUAUAUUUAUCAG